AACAUUUUGUGAGAUAUCGAAAAUCUGCGGAGACAGUUCGAGAUUUGCAACAUGGCGGCCACCGGCAUUUCGCAAAGUAACGAAAUUCGUCGCAUUUCUUACCAUAAUUUCAGGCCUCUAAUCCUUCAUGGAUAUUUUGGACCAUUCGUAAUAUUGUAUUUGAUAUGGCUUUACAUGUGGACUGUGGUUUACGGGAUAACCGACUAUUUUGAACCGGGAAUAAUCGCACUUGCAAUCAUCAGUCUGCUCCAAAUCUUGUGCGGGCUGUUCUGCCACUGGUUCGUGGAGGUUCGCACCGUGCUCUCGUGUUCAACGGCGAAGGAUCCGCACCAUGCAUCCUGGGUAAAAGUCGUACCAACUCCUAAUAACGGGUACACAGAACUGGUCAAGCUGUAUCAUGAUGUGGAUGAAGAAACCAAAAAGGAGCGACCUUGGUUCACCUUCCAGAAGACCAAGUAUCUCUAUGAUGCCGAGGAGAAGAAACAGUUUGAACCGGUCAAGUUCCCUGUCGACUUGUCCAUGAAGCAGUAUACAGAGUGGAAGGGCUACCAGGAGGACUCGGAGGUGGCGGUUGCCGAGCGCAAAUAUGGAAAUAAUGUCAUGAUAAUGGACAUCCCCCACUUUGCUGAACUCUUCAAGGAGCGUGCGACUGCCCCAUUCUUUGUGUUCCAAGUGUUCUGUGUGGGCCUCUGGUGCCUGGAUGAGUACUGGUACUACAGCGUUUUCACCCUGUUUAUGCUGAUAGCGUUCGAGGCAACACUGGUUCAGCAACAAAUGAGGAAUAUGGCUGAGAUUAGGAAGAUGGGCAAUAAGCCUUAUCUAAUUCAGGCAUACCGAAAUAGAAAGUGGCGUCCAGUGAUGAGUGACCAACUGGUACCUGGCGAUAUUGUUUCCAUUGGGCGUUCGCAAGAUGACAGACUAGUACCAUGUGACCUGCUCCUGCUGCGUGGGCCAUGUAUCGUUGAUGAAUCUAUGUUGACCGGAGAAUCGGUGCCAGUCAUGAAGGAGCCUGUGGAAACUCUUGACCAAGACCGAAUCUUAGAUCUGGAGUUAGACUCAAAGCUCCAUGUCUUAUUUGCUGGAACCAAGGUUGUGCAGCAUUCACCACCGAGUAAGACUGGUCCCGGGCUAAAAGCACAUGACAAUGGUUGUAUAGCCUACGUCCUGAGGACAAGUUUCAACACUUCUCAAGGCAGGCUUUUGAGGACAAUCCUGUACGGCGUCAAGCGCGUCACUGCAAACAAUCUCGAAUCAUUCAUGUUCAUCCUGUUUUUGUUGAUCUUCGCCAUCACUGCUGCUGCUUACGUCUGGAUCAAGGGAAGCGAAGAUGAAAGCAGGAACAAGUACAAGCUGUUCUUAGAGUGCACUCUCAUCCUGACGUCUGUCGUCCCACCAGAGCUGCCCAUUGAGCUGUCUCUCGCUGUCAAUACAUCACUGCUUGCCUUGACCAAAUUACAUAUAUUCUGCACGGAACCAUUCCGCAUCCCAUUUGCCGGGAAGAUAGAUGUGUGUUGCUUUGACAAGACUGGUACACUCACCAGUGAUAACCUUGUCGUGGAGGGGGUGACAGGAAUUGAUGGGGAGAAGAAAAUGCUACAAGCGACUGAUGUUCCGUUGGAGACCACCCAGGUGUUGGCCACCUGUCAUGCUCUUGUUCAACUAGAUGAUGAUCUGGUUGGAGAUCCCUUAGAAAAGGCAACUCUCAGCGCUGUGGACUGGACUCUCACUAAAGGUGAAGCCGUCAUGCCAAAGAAGGGCAAGACCCAUCCCUUGAAGAUCUUCCAGAGGUUCCACUUUGCCAGCGCCCUGAAGAGGAUGUCUGUCAUAGCUGGCUAUGCUGCACCAGGUGCUCUGGAGACAGACUAUAUCGCUACCGUCAAAGGUGCUCCUGAGACCCUGAAGCCUAUGUUCUCCGACAUCCCUGACACAUAUGAUACAGUCCACCUAGAAAUGGCCAGAAGGGGAGCUCGCGUUCUUGCUCUGGGUUUCAGAAAGUUGGGACAACUCUCACACCAGCAGGUGCGAGAAAUGGCGCGGGACCAGGUUGAAAAGGAUCUGAAGUUUGUUGGAUUUGUGAUAAUCUCUUGUCCGCUUAAAUUCGACAGUAAGGCUGUUAUCAAAGAGAUACAGCAGGCAUCCCAUCACGUUGCUAUGAUUACUGGUGACAGUCCAUUGACUGCGUGCCAUGUAGCCAAGGAACUCAAAUUCACAAGGAAACCGCACACACUGAUUCUCACUGCAGGAAACAGCUUUGAUCCAGAAUGGCAUUGGCAAUCGAUCGACGAUUCCGUCAUCGAACCCAUGGUGCCCUCUUUUGGUGCGAAAGAGCUUCUAUCGACUUAUGAUCUGUGUCUGACUGGUGAUGCGCUCAGCCAUCUGUACAACACCAACCCCAAGUUCUUCAACAGCAUUCUACAUCAUGUACAAGUCUUUGCCAGGGUAGCUCCAAAACAAAAGGAGUUUGUGAUCACUUCUCUCAAAGACAAGGGUUUCAUCACACUGAUGUGCGGAGAUGGGACAAAUGAUGUUGGUGCUCUGAAACACGCCCAUAUUGGUGUUGCCCUUCUCGCCAAUGGUCCAGAAUUUCUGCCCGAGAAACGUAAGAAGAAGGUCGAACCAGUCGAGAAUCAUGCCAAUUCAACACCAGAGGUCAAGAUGCCAUCAGGGAAAGGUCAGCCUAAGGGUCGAGCUGCAAAAGCAAGAGCUGUGGCCCGUGGUGACAACCUGGCCCCCUCUCAGUCCCAGAAGAAGCUCAAAGACAUGUGGAAGGAGUUAGAAGAGGAGGAGAAGGCUCAGGUAGUUCGGCUCGGAGACGCCAGCAUUGCCUCUCCAUUCACCUCAAAGUUAUCAACAACCAUGUGUAUCUGUCACAUCAUCAAACAAGGCCGCUGUACCCUGGUCACCACCCUUCAGAUGUUCAAGAUCCUUGCUCUGAAUGCUCUCAUCCUCGCCUACAGUCAGAGUGUCCUCUAUUUAGACGGAGUCAAGUUUAGCGAUUCUCAGGCAACAAUACAAGGACUGUUAUUAGCUGGGUGCUUCUUAUUCAUUUCAAGAUCUAAACCCCUGAAGGUCUUAUCCAAAAAUCGCCCGUUGCCCAAUAUAUUCAACGUGUACACCAUCCUCACAGUAUUGCUACAGUUCGCUGUCCAUUUCUGUAGUUUAGUGUUUUUGAUGAGGGAAGCAUUGGCAAGAAGUCCUCCAAGAAAAGAAAGAUUCGUAGACUUGGAAGCAAAAUUCGCGCCGACGUUACUCAAUUCCACCGUUUAUCUCAUUUCCAUGGCGAUGCAGGUGUCCACAUUUGCUAUUAAUUAUAAGGGACACCCAUUCAUGGAAAGUCUAAAAGAAAACAAACCCCUCCUGUAUAGCCUUAUGUUUUCUGGUGGUGCCAUCGUUGCCCUGGCAACGGGAAUCAUUCCUGAGAUUUCUGAGCAGUUUGAGAUCGUGGACAUUCCACAGGAGUUUCGAUUCAUCAUUCUAAAAGUUUUGGCGGCCGAUCUGUUAGUCUCAUUCAUCUUGGAUCGAACAGCACAAUUCUUAUUCGGCAACAUUGGUCUAAGGCAGUACUAGAUUAGUUAGAGGAAUACUAAUUUAUUAACUUGUUGUUAAUUGUUUUAGAUGUUAAAUUGAAGAGAUAGAUAGAUAAAUGAAAGUGUUCACCAUGUAAUGGACUACAUCACUCUCUCUUUGAGGGCAUUGCCUGACAUGUACAUGAAUCCUGUCAUCACCGAUCAGAGUAAUGAUGUCAUGGCAGGUGAAACCCAGCUACAUUUGAUGGGUGAUGUUAUGAUCUGUACCAGUUGGUGAUGCAGUCAGAUGAGGCAAUAUUGAAUUGUUGAGGCAUGCUUUGAAAAUUAUGUUCCAAAUUAUGCUUUUUCACUGCCAAAACGUUUCUUUACUUCCCAUUAACCCCAACUUUAGAGCAAUAUAGCAUGUAUAUCCAAAGACAUUUCAAUUAACUUUUCCUCCUGUUGGUACUCAGUGACUCUUAGGAUGAAAUAAUUGUUCAUAUGUUGUGCUGAAAUCAUUAAUCGUGCUCCAUGAAAGUACUUACCCAAAAUCUAUGACUUAACUUGUUUGUUGUCCUUUCACUGCUGUAGUUUUGAAAUUGUCAGUAUAUGUAGACCAUGUCAAGUUUGUAUUUAAACCUGUGAUGUCUACACCUAAGCCAUCUGGUGGAUGAAUAUCCAAUGCGGUUGUCCAGGACCCGUGGCCCUUGGUUUUAUCGAUUUAGUGGUAUCCAAGCAAAUAGAAGGCAUUUCUUGUGCUACGUGUGCACAUAGGUAGCAAGUUGUUGAUAUUUGGAGAUAGGGGUGUGAAGGUAGCCGUCCCUGGUGUGGCAGGGGCAUGUUGGGGUGCUGAGGGUUCAAUGUUAUGUACUUUAUCUCUAAAACCUCUGAACUUUUCCUCAUCAGAAUAAAUUAUCUAUUUCCAUA